AUCAAUUAAGUCUUCUGUCUAAUUAGAAUUGUAUUUAUAUAUUUUCAUUUCCUAUCCGAGAAGUAAUCAUACAUACAGAUCUCAACAACAAUGGCAGCUACAACACCAGAACCUUCACCCGCGGGGCCAUCAUCACUGCCCCGCAUAUAUUUCCAUCCUCCCUCAGGCAGUUCCGUUUUGCCUCUGCUGAAACCCUUACUCCCAUACUCACUAACUCUUCUGCGCCGAAUUCAAUUCCAUGCGCGAUCUCCGCAUUCCUACAUUCUUGCAUCUUUCCCUCCGCCGCUGAUUGGCAGGACGCUUACGACAGAGGUCGCGUCUACUACGUUCCCACUGACCCCAAAAUCAUUACCAUCGCAUUUUGUUAUUGCUUUCGUUGAUCGGUCCCGCGGGCCGGAGACGGAAAUGUGGUUCUUCACCUCAUUGGAGUUGCCCGAGGGGUGGAAGGACAGAAUAGACAGCACGGAAUCUCUUGGAUCAUGGGACGAUAUCCUCGCCAGAGCGGGGCUUAGUGAAUCCGCUGCUACAAACGAAGAUGGCGGGAUCGGACUCGGACGCGGAGGCGUCUGGGGUCUGGGGAACGAGGAUGGCAAGUGGGACGAUUUGUAUCACGACCAUGAAAUUCGUCAGAGUCAAUCAAAUGGUCUAUCAAAUGGUGCCGCCGCUGCGGAAACACAACGGCCCCUGCUGAACGCAGACUCGAACAACACUUCCGACGAAGAAGCCGCACAGAUUGUCAGAAGCCAGCUCCUAUCUCUAUUCAAAAUCGUCCGUGACCUUCCUCCAUCUACUAAGCCUGACGUCGAAGCGGAAAAGGCUGCAGCCUCCGCAACUCUUGAAGCAGAUGGCGUGCACAUCUCUUCCCCCAACGACACCUCUCAGGAGAACCCACAAGCAGAGCAACCUCCAUUACGAGACUAUCCAAUUAUUCUCGUUGGCGCAAUCCAUGCCCGGAACAUUGCCGCCUUGAAACCCACGGGGAUUUUCACGCGGUACACUGUCCCCAACCACAAAUACCUAUUCCACAUUCCAUCUCUUCGCGCCGCAAGGGCUCUUCCAGACAAUCUCGAAUUCGGGCCUGUUCGGGAGCAAUUCUUCCCUCAAGUGCGCAGUCGGACGGCGAUUGCGCGACUGGAUCGGACCCUGAGGAUAUGUCAAAGCUUGGGGGUUUAUGAGAAGCAUUCUCCCUCUGAGGAAUCGACCGAAAAUUCACCACUAGUUGCAUGGGCCUUCCUCGGCCCAGAUUCCUCCAUAAUGUCACUCACUACCGAGAAAGCGUAUCGGGGCCGUGGUCUCGCCAAAGCGCUGACAGUAAAUUUGAUCAGCCAGAAGAUGAGCACGUUUGGCGACGAGCCGUUUGGGCAUUCGGAUGUCACCUUUGAUAACGAGACGAGUAUUCGCGUGGCGAGAAGCCUUGGAGGGGUGUACUGCUGGACAGUAUAUUGGGCCGAGGUUGAUCUUGAACGGAUCUGAUUAUAAGGUAUAGAGUCUGUUGUUUAGUACUCUACCGUUUUACAAGAAGUCUUCUAUAUAGACCGCGAAUUAUAAGACUUAGCGGAUUUUUUUUGUUCUUUUUACAUCUUUGUCUGUCCUUUGUUCGCUUUUGUUUUCCCUUCUAAUUUACAUAUAAUCAUAAGAGGUGUUAUUUAUUGGAUUCAUAGGAGAGGCACCGACGGGUCAGAAGAACUUGAUGAUAUGUUAUGCAGUACAUUUGUAAAAUUAUAGAAUAUUAUCCAUGGGAUAAAACGAGAGCUGGGGUUUCUUUGAGCUACUUCGGGGUACAGAGUGGGAUGAGACAGUUCACAGCUCUGUUCUAGAGCGGGUCUGCAUGUUGGUUCAUGUAUUGGAAAUAUGUGUACUUUUUCAC